UUCAAUCACCUUGAGCUGUUACACAUACACUUAAUUAAUCUCCUUUGGAAUAUUGACUUUUCUCACAGAUCAGUUCUGAAAACUAAAUCCCAAGUACAAGUGUCAAUAUAUAUACAAGUAGAGCAAGAGAUUACUCCAUAGCUCAUUCAUUUGUUCUCCACUAGUUAUAUUAUAGUGAAAUUAAGAUCUCUGCAUAUAUAUAUAUAUAUAUAAAAAAAAUUAGGAAUUUAGGAGGAUCGAGCUAGCAAAAGAUCAAUGGCAGUACUGCAAAUAUUGAUGUUGCUAUUACUAGUAAAGGAAACAAGAUCAUCAUCGGCCUCUAAUUAUUCUAUGGCGAAGCCCAACUGCCAAGAGAAAUGCGGGAAUUUGAAGAUUCCAUAUCCAUUUGGUAUAGGGAAAGGAUGCUACCUGAACCACAUGUUUGAAGUCACAUGCAAUCACUCGUCUCAUUCUGCAACUGUCUCCUAUUUGGGAAAUGAAGCGCAAGUGUUCAACAUCUCUAUGGACUAUUUACUUGUUGAUGGUCCAGCUUCUGCGCGUUGUCGCGGCAAGAGGUAUGCUUCAUCCCCUUUAAGUUACAAGUGUGGCCAACCCUUCAGUGUCUCCGGCACCCAAAAUAAGUUGGUAGCUGUAGGAUGUAACAUAUUCGCCUAUAUCACUGAAUUCAACACUACCAACUACGUGAGUGGUUGUGCAUCACUUUGCAAUGACACAACUACCGGGUUCGACGUUGGUCCUUUUGCUACUAGCAAAAAUAAUCUGUCUUCUUGCUCCGGCAUUGAUUGCUGCCAGAUUAACAUUCCUGAAUAUCUCUCCUCCUUUGAUUUGCUCGUUGGAACCAUACAAACCGAAUAUGGAGGGAGGGGAUAUAGAGGGUGCCGGGAGCCGGCCCCAUGUAGUAUUGCUUUCAUUGCAGAAAAGAACUUUUCAGAAUUCAACAAAUUCAACCCCUCUGGUAACGAUACCUUGCCUCCUGUCCCACUGGUGCUUGACUGGGCAAUCCAGAACAUCUCUUGCCAUGAAGCUCGAAGAAGAAAAGACUAUGCUUGUAGCCCCAACAGUAACUGCACUGACUUCGUUAUUAAUGAUGCUGUGGGAUAUCGAUGUAGCUGCUCUCCAGGUUACCAAGGGAACCCUUACCUCAAUAAUGGAUGCCAAGAUAUUAAUGAGUGUGAAGACCCAAAAAACAAUCCUUGUCCAAAGGGGGCUCUUUGCAACAACACAGAGGGUAACUACUCCUGCACUUGCCCACCUGGUUACCACAGCAUUGAUGGAAAUGGAAUUGGAUGCAUACCUGAACAAGCUGGGAGACAAAUAUUAGCAGUGAUUGUUCCUUUAGGAGUUGGAAUUGCUGUUAUGGUCUUGGUUGUUAUUGUUUUAUGGUUGUACCGCAAAUUUAAGAAAAAUAAAAUCAAACGGCAGUUCUUUAGGAGGAAUGGAGGUUUGCUAUUGCAACAACAAAUAUCUGCAAUUAAAGAACGUGCGGCAAAGAUAAAACUCUUCCUAGCAGACGAGUUGGAGAAGGCAACAGACAAUUUUGACCAAAGUCGAGUCCUAGGCAAGGGAGGACAUGGUACAGUUUACAAAGGGAUGUUAUCAGAUGGAAGCAUAGUGGCUAUUAAGAAGUCAAAUAUUAUUGAUGAAAAACAAGUCGGCCAGUUUAUUAAUGAAGUUAUUAUUCUUUCUUACAUAAACCACAGGAACAUUGUCAAAUUGCUAGGUUGUUGCCUAGAGAGAGAAGUUCCACUGCUAGUAUAUGAAUACGUCUCAAAUGGCACCUUGUCCCACCAUCUCCAUGAGGAGGAUCAUGCCAUGACGAUGUCCUGGAAUACUAGAUUGAGAAUUGCGAGGGAAGUUGCAGGGGCACUUGCUUAUUUGCAUUCAUAUGCUUCUACAUCUAUCAUUCAUAGGGAUAUCAAGUCUAGCAACAUAUUACUGGAUGAAAAUUACAGGGCUAUAGUGUCUGAUUUUGGACUUUCACGGUCAUUAUCUCUUACCAAGACUCAUUUGACAACAUUGGUGGGGGGCACAUUUGGUUACUUGGAUCCUGAGUAUUUUCGAUCAGGCCAACUCACUGACAAAAGUGACGUCUAUGCUUUUGGUGUAGUUGUUGCUGAACUCCUGACCGGAAAAAAAGCUGUCUCUUCUGAUAUAUCCAACGCAGGUCUUGUAUUUCACUUUCGAUCAUCAAUGGAGGAAAAUCGUUUGUUUGAAAUUCUAGAGGCACAAAUUGUGAAUGAUGGUCAGCAAGAGGAGAUUGUUGCUGUUGCGAAGCUUGCAAAGAGAUGCAUAGAAACAAAUGGAAGCAGAAGGCCAAGCAUGAAAGAAGUAGAAGCAGAAUUGGAUCAACUGAGAAGGAUACAAGAGCAGCUAUUACUUAAGCAUGAUAGCCAGAACAGCUACUGCUCAGUAAGUGAAAGGUCCUACUCUUGCUCAACUGAUGCAGUUGAAGAAGAAAGUCGGGAAGAGGAGUUCGUUACUGCUGCGAAUCUUGCCAAAAGAUGCAUAAAAAGGAGUGGAAGCAGAAGGCCAAGUAUGAAAGAAGUAGCAGAUCCAUUGAGAAGGAUACAAGAGCAGCCAUUACUUAAACAUAAUAGCCUGGGCAGCUACUGCUUAGUUAGUGAAGGUCCUACUCUUACAGAAGUGAUGCAGUGGAAAAAGAAAGUUAAUACUAUGUAAUGUUUUUAUAAUGGAUAAUGAUUCUUAGACCUAACAGUCUAAGCGAUGAGCCUAGCCGAGAGAGUCUUGUUGCAUUGGAUGAGCUCAAAACUUUGAUUUUACCCCAAUGCAUCAAACCCUCAACUAGAUUCUUCGGACAUAUUAUUAGGUCUGAAUAACAUUGUUCUUUUUAUAACUAUUAGGACUUAGAUUUAAUGAGAUAUUUCUCUCUUCCCCAGAAACUAAUGGUUCAAAUAUGUUUCUUGGAUCAACUUUAGAUUUUCUGUUUUUGUGUCUACAAAAAUUGGGCUUAUUACCUCUGUUCUAUGUACAAUUCUGAUGGCUUUUAUGGCUUGAUUACAAGACCAUUUAGAUUUCUAGCCUCUGCA